AUGAACAAAUACAUAUUCCGUUCAUUUCAUACUUCGCCUAUAAUUUCCAAGACUUUAGCAAAUUGGAAGGCUACAAAUAGCUCUAAUGUUAAAGGUUUAUAUGAAUUUUUUCAGGGUGGUAUUCAUGAUCCUAAUCCGUUACCCAAUGUUAAAGAUAUGAUUACGGGUCGAUCAUGGACAGCUUCAGAAUUACGCGUAAAAUCUUUUGAUGAUUUACAUAAACUCUGGUAUAUUUUAUUGAAAGAACGUAAUUUACUCGCUACAAUGUUUGAAGAAGCAAAACAUUGGAAUAAGAUAGCUGAUAAAGAAUGGUUAAAAAAGUGGGAUGAUAGAAAAUUUAAG